AUGAACUGCUCUUCUUCUUCUUCUCUCUCCGACCAACUUCACCUCCUUGGUAAAGUCGAGGUUUUUAGACUCCAUGGUCGUGAUAAGGCUGGCAGGAAUGUCCUCCUCAUUGUCGGAAAAUACUUUCCAGCGCGGUUUGUAAGCAGUCAGGCCGUGAAUGUCUAUUUGAAGGAUAAGAUUUUCCCUCUCCUUAAAGAUGGGCCUUUCACGGUGGUGUACAUUCACACUGAUGUUCAUUGGACAGAGAAUUGUCCUGGAAUUUCAAAUCUCAAGGCAAUCUAUGAGGCCAUUCCAAUCACCAUUAAGAACAACAUUGAAGCUGUUUAUUUCCUCCACCCUAGCUUGCAAACCCGUGUGUUUUUUGCCACCGUCGGCCGCCUCAUGCUUGACGCCGAGUUGUAUAACAAGGUGAAAUAUGUGAAAAGAGUGGAGUUUCUUUGGGAACACGUUAGAAGGAAAGAGAUGGAGUUACCUAAGUUUGUGUAUGAUCAUGAUGAGAAAUUGGAGUUCUGUCCUGUGAUGGACUCUGAUUUGGAGAAUGAUUAUCUCAGGGUUUUCUCCCCUUCGCCGUCUUUGAAUUCUGGGGUGUCUACGUAUUCCAUGAGGUGUUUUGCUUGA